AGCUGAUUGGGUACAAGGAGCAAGCGCUUUGUUGAUCGCUUUGAAAAAGCAUGCCAGUCGGGCGUGCAAGCAUAAAGAUCAACAAAGAUGACAUGUUUUUGACCGUGCGGGAUGCUCCUUUCAUCAAAGCACGUCAACAUGUGGCAGCCCUAGUGGCGUCAAACCAAUGCCACUUGAAGACCGUUAUGCAGCAGACCUUGUUGUUCUUCGCUGCUGCGCGAUAUGGAGAAGAUGAUGAGGCCCUGGAGCUUUGUGACACUCUCCUUCGGGCUGGAGUCCCGCUGAAUCACCUCGAUGACAAUCGCCAGACCGCACUGUUCUAUGCGGCUCGCCAAGGGCACGUCAACACGUGCAACUUUCUCGUAUACAGCAAAGCCAACGUAGACACACUUGACAAGUUCGGCGAGACAGCGCUUUUUUAUGCCGUUAAGCGUUCCAGAAUCACUGCAGUGGAGAAGCUGCUCGACCACGGAGCCGACUUUGAGAUUGUGAACCACAAGAAUCACAACGUGAUGACAGCUGCCUCGGACGAGCUGUGCGCCAUCUUCCAAGAGGCCCGGAAAAAGAGGCGCCUGGAAGUGACCGAAGGUCCAGUUGAACAACACAAUAAGCGCCCACGAAGUGCGCUUGAGCAACUGGAAGCAUGGGCCGAUGAGUGGCCCAUGCGUCACCCGAAGAUCGAGACGGCGGACUUCAAGCAAAAGGACUUGCUAAAGUCAGAGGGCGGAUACUCCGUUGUCAAAGUGUCAUCGCCCACCACCGCAGCAAAACUUCGGGUUCUGGAAAAGCACUUUGUUGUGGACCAUGCAAAGCUCAUGCAACAUGAAUCAUGGUUUGGGAAGCUCACCCAUGAGCAAUGGUCCAAAUCCGUGGGCGUGUUGACAGAUGCGCUACAGCCCCCGAAUGAUGCAGUGAAAGGGAUAAAGACAGUUCUAUCGGAUGCCAAUCCACACCAUUUCACUCUGCCGGCCAUCGAGACCGCAAACAAAGACGUUGAUUCACAGCAUGCCGGCAGAGGCAUCGGUGGGCUCCUCCUAAAGGCAGCUGAAGACUAUAGCCAUCGAUUGGGCUGGAAAUGUGAGACAGUAGAGCUAAGUGUGUUAGCCAGGAACCAGCGUGCCAUCCGCUGCUAUGAAAAAGCUGGCUUCACUUUUAAUAGUGAAUCAGAUGCAAGUUGGGGACCAAAGGAGUUCUCGGCUUCUAAAUGGCAAAGGUUCAAAAAGGUGCACAAGCACCAUGUGAAGAAGGGAUCCAAGAAAGGACCCGACGAGUUUACCAAGCAGUGAUGUAAUCUUGAACGCAGUUUCACCCGGUUGCCGUUUGGAGCUUGACAGCAUUCCUGG